AUGUCUUGGCUAGCUGAUCUUGCUGGAAAGGCAGAGGACCUUCUGAACAGAGUUGAUCAAGGAGCUGCAUCGGCUCUGAGCAAAAAAGAUGUAGGAAGCAGUGCAGUUUAUGAUAAUAAGAAACUGGACUCUGCCAAUGAAUAUUCUGAAUUGUGUCAGCAAACUGGAGAACUGAAAUACCAGACAUCAUCCAAAGCAGCCUACAUCUCUUCAGCAGCUGAUAAUAUUAAACAUCAAAAGGCCACAAUCCUAGCAGGAACAGCAAACGUUAAACCAGCACGCAGGACAUCUUCAGAGGUUGCUUCUCCAGCAGAAAAUGUUUCCACACCUAGAGCUGCCUCACAUUUUGUGAGAAGAAAAAAGUCAGAACCUGAUGAUGAGUUGCUGUUUGAUUUUCUCAACAGUUCGGAGAAGGAACCUAAUGGAAGGAUUGACUCUAAAAAAGAGAAGAGCAAGACAUCCCUUCUGCAAAAUAAUUUGCGAACUUCAAGCAUUAGUUCUGUGUCUACCAAUACACAGAGUGCAAAAAGUGCUGAAGAUAAUUCCAGCAGGAACCAAGGCAAUGAAACUCCAGACAGUUCAGAUUCUGGGCUGGGGCCGCAGGGGGACAGUGUGAAGGAUUCAGCAUCGCUGAGUGCAGUAGCUAAUCCUGGCCCUUCGGGCAGUGACGACUUCACACCACACGAACUGUCCAACCUCCGCCUGGAGAAUCAGCUGCUGCGGAACGAAGUUCAGUCUUUAAAUCAAGAAAUGGCUUCAUUAAUUCAGAGGUCUAAAGAAACACAAGAAGAAUUGAACAGAUCCCGGGAGAGGGUUGAGAAGUGGAAUGUUGACCAUUCAAAGAGUGACAGGAUGGUUAGAGAACUUCGAGCUCAAGUUGAUGAUCUGACAGAAGCAGUUGGUGCCAAGGAUUCACAGCUAGCUGUGCUCAAAGUGCGGCUGCAAGAAGCUGAUCAGCUCUUAAGUGCUCGGACAGAAGCUUUGGAAGCAUUGCAAAGUGAAAAAUCACGGAUAAUACAAGACCACAGUGAAGGGAGCAGUUUGCAAAAUCAAGCCCUUCAGAGUCUUCAAGAGAGGCUGCGUGAUGCAGACUCCACGCUCAAGCGAGAGCAAGAAAGUUACAAACAAAUGCAGAAUGAGUUUGCGGCCCGUCUAAGUAAAAUGGAGGCUGAACGUCAGAACUUGGCAGAAGGAAUAACUGUAGCAGAAAGAAAGUAUUUAGAUGAAAAGAGGCGUGCUGACGAACUCCAACAGCAAGUCAAAGUAACUAAAAACCACCUAGAAUCUGCUAAACAGGAACUGACAGACUAUAAGCAGAAGGCUACACGCAUACUCCAAUCUAAAGAAAAGUUGAUCAACAGCUUAAAAGAAGGCUCUGGUAUUGAAGGCCUGGAUAGCAAUACUGCAAGCACAAUGGAACUAGAGGAGCUGAGACAUGAGCGGGACACUCAGAGAGAAGAAAUACAAAAACUCAUGGGGCAAAUACAGCAGAUGAGAACAGAGCUGCAGGAUAUGGAGACUCAGCAGGUCAGUGAAGCUGAGUCAGUGAGAGAGCAACUUCAAGACCUACAAGAGCAAAUAGCAGCACAUAAAGUAGCCAAGCAAGAGGCAGAAGCUGAACUGGAACGGCAGAAACAAGAACUCCAUUAUACUGAAGAAGAAUUGUAUCGAACAAAGAAUACUUUACAAAGCAGAAUAAAAGAUAGAGAGGAAGAAAUACAGAAGCUCAGAAAUCAGCUCACAAACAAGGCUCUAAGUAGUAGUAGUCAGACAGAAUUAGAAAAUCGGCUUCAUCAGCUGACAGAAACACUAAUUCAGAAGCAGACCAUGUUAGAGAGCCUCAGCACAGAGAAAAACUCCCUUGUCUAUCAACUGGAACGACUUGAGCAACAGCUGAAGGCCAUCCAAGGCACUAGUACAAAUGGACCUUCCAUUAAUAUGGCAGGCAUUGAUGGUGCUGAAGGCGCUCGUCUGCGCAGCGUUCCCGUCCUGUUCGGCGAGGUGGAGGCGGACGAGGCGGGGAUGUACGGGAGGGUCCGCAAGGCUGCCAGCACCAUCGAUCACUUUAGCAUUCGGCUGGGAAUCUUUCUGAGGCGGUAUCCCAUAGCAAGAGUCUUUGUAAUCAUUUACAUGGCACUGCUUCAUCUCUGGGUCAUGAUUGUUCUACGUACCUACACCCCAGAAAUGCAUCAUGACAGUCCCAGUGGCAGAUAGACUGAGACAGAACCACCAUAUGCUGUGCUAAUGUAAUUUGGACUGGCAGGCUUUAGAAUAAUCAGACCUGAAAUAUCACCAAACUUUUCCUUUUGGUUUUUAGGAAGAAUGAAAACCAUCAUGCCUGAUUCAUCACUACUUUUCAAAAACCUGCAUAAUACUGCGUAGCUGUUUCAGUUUACCUACAGGAG